AUGGCUCCCCUCCUUAACGUUCGUCGCGAUGUCAGCGACCCCUUCUAUCGAUACAAGAUGGAGCGUCUUCAGACCAAGGUCGAGGGCAAGGGCAACGGUAUCAAGACCGUCAUCGUCAACUUGAGCAGCGUCGCUCAGUCCCUCGCCCGUCCCGGCUCCUACUUGAUCAAGUACUUCGGCUUCGAGCUUGGCGCCCAGACCAACAUCGACCCUAAGGAUGAUCGUUGGAUCAUCAACGGUGCCCAUGAGUCUCCCAAGCUCCAGGACCUUCUCGAUGGCUUCAUCAAGAGGUUCGUCCUGUGCCACAAGUGCAAGAACCCCGAGACCGUCGUCAACAUCAAGGAUGGUCACAUCAUCCUUGACUGCAAGGCUUGCGGCCAGCGCUCCGACGUGGACCUGCGCCACAAGCUCAGCGGGUUCAUCCUGAAGAACGUCCCCAAGAAGGGCAAGAAGGACAAGGCCGAGCGCAAGGCUGCCCGCAAGGCUAAGCAGAAUGGCCAGGCCAACGGCAGCGGCAGUGGUGACGACGAUAACUCCAACCACUCCGGCGACAAGGAGAACUUUGAGGAUAGCGGUGAUGCCAACGGCGAGAUCGCUAGCGACGAUGACGCCUUCACCCGCAAGAUCAAGACUGAGGCUCAGGAGAUCGAGAAGAUCGAGGUCAAGGAAGACGAAUGGGCGGUCGACAUGAGCGAGGAGGCCGUCAAGGCCCGGCAGCAAAACCUCCCCGGCGAGUUCAAGCAGAAGCUUGUCCUCAACGGCGACGAUGAGGACGAGGAAGGCGAAGGCGGUGGCAACACCGUCUACGACCAGCUCGGCGACUGGAUCCAGGAGCAGGCCAACGAGAAGGGCGGCGUUGACAAGGUUGAGGACCUCGACAUCUACGUCAAGGCCAAGGAGCUCGGCAUCGAGAGCAAGCAUCGGACCGUCCAGGUGCUGGUCCUGACCCUCUUCGACGACCACAUCCUCGCCCAGAUCCCCAAGCGUGCCAGCAUGCUGCAUAACAUCAUCGGUGAAUCUGAGCGUCACCAGAAGGCCCUCCUGGGCGGCACCGAGCGCCUCAUUGGCGAGCGCAUCGGAGAGCAGCCUGAAUUCAUCGACAAGAUUGUCAAGAUCCUUGGGCUGUACUACCAGCAUGAUCUUGCCUCCGAGGACGUCAUCACCAAGUGGGGUGGCAAGGCCAGCAAGAAGUACGUCGAUGUGGCCGUGUCUCGGAAGAUUCGCAAGGCUUCUGAGCCCUUCCUCAAGUGGCUCGAGGAGGCCGAGGAAGAGGAGUCGGAUGACGACGAGUAA